AUGGUCAAUCAUAUCUCAGAUGAAGCGAUAAUGAUCUUACUGCUUGGCACAUUCAUAUCAGCAGGUUCAGACACGGACAUAUGGUGGACGGGCCUAGGAACAUCACAGAAAGCCACAUGGACGCAAGCCAAAGCAGCAUUCCUGGCAAAGUGGCCAGCAAUAGUUGUCACAGGAAAGACGCAAAGGGAGCACCAGAAAGACUUACUGGAGUUGCAGUUCAAAGAGGAAGAAGUCAGAGAACGAGUCACGGUAGCAGGCAUUGCAACAUGGGCGCAUAUCCAGUUCCACAACAAGUUAAAGAUGCUGGUAAAGGAUGCAGGAGUAGAACACGUACCCAUUCUAAUUCAACCAGUCUGGGAGGCACUCCCGCAAGCUCUCAGAGACCUAACAUCAGCAGUGCCCGCAGACUGGGAUGCCUUCCUAAACAAAAUCAAAAGCAUCAAUAUCAAUACCUUACAAGAAAAGGCAAAGAGAGUCAAGGAGAGGAAGGAGGCAGAAAGAGCUCAGAAUGCACACAUCGUGUGGCUGGAAAGUCGACAAGACCCUAUCAAGGUGUUAUGUCUACAGAUGCAACAAACAAUGAUUGGAUCUAACACACUAACACCAAAAGCAACAAUGCCUUCAAGAACUAUAGGAAAUGCACCUUCCAGUGUCAUGACACCAUGA